GAUUUAACUCAAUUCGGUAUUAUUAUAUUCGGUCGUGAAGUACGUUUGAUUAAAUCGAAUGAACAACCUUGGGAUGCAGCAACUAUUUAUACACUUGUAAAUGAACUUCGGUUCGAUCAAGAUGAAGAUACAAAAGAUGCAGAUGCUAUUGAAGUUGCUAUUGAUCUACUUAGUCAAUGUUCUACACGAGGUGAAAAGAAAAUAUUUAUGUUUACGGAUGGUUAUAGUAAUUGUGGUAAUCGUCUUGCUCUAGUACAACAACGCGCUGAAAAUAAUGGCAUUGAUCUCGUAGCUAUAGCUAUUGGCAUUGAUUCAACUAAUCUUCAAUUAGUUUAUAAAAGAUAUUUGCAAUGUGCAACUGUUCGUGGAUUAUCAAAAGCUUUACGAGCUCUAUUCGAACAAGAAGCACAAAUUGUUUUGUCCGAAUGGGCGCCAAUAGAUAACGACAAGAAACAACCUACCGAUGAUACGAAAGAUACUAUAUCUAAAGAUAAUCUUUUCGAAGAUAUAUUUUCAAAGAAAGCUUUCAGUGAUAUGAUCAAUGAAUUGGCUGGUGAACAAGAAUUAAUGUUAAUACAAAAUGGUCAACUACCAUCGAAUAUAACAAUUGAUAUUUGUUUUUGUCUUGAUUGUACUGGUAGCAUGUCACGAUGGUUAGCAGCAGUUAAAGGUCAAAUGAAAACUAUUAUGGAAGGUAUUCAAGGUGAAGUUAAAGUAAAAUAUCCAUCACUUAAACUUCAACUACGUUUUGCCAUUGUUGCUUAUCGUGAUUUGAAAGAUAAGCCACCAAUUAUGAAAAUAGAUUUUACAGAAAAAACAGAUGAUGUAAUGAAAUUUUUAAAUGGAAUAACGGCUAGUGGAGGUGGUGAUAUUCCGGAAGAUGUACUCGGUGCACUUGAUACAUGUUUAACAUUGAAUUGGAGUAAAACAAAUGCUCGAUUCAUUGUACUCAUUACUGAUGCACCUGGUCAUGGGCCAGAACUUCAUAAUGAUCUUGCAAAUGAUGAUUAUAAGACUGUAAGCAAUCUGAUUAAACUUUUAUUUAAUUAUCACUAG